AUGAGCUUGUCCUCGUUUUUCUCUUCCUUUCUGAACGUCGUUCACGCAGACGCAGACGUUCCGGCAGAACAGGAAGAGAAGGUGGAAUCUACUACAACACACCAAGAAGAAACGGCCGCCGAGGCAGAGGUUGAAGAAGCGGCAGCAGAAGAGGAAGCGGAGGAACCAGAAGAUCCACAUCCUAUAAUCCGCGAGGAAUGCAAGAAUGUCGCAAAGUGCGCACCCCUGACACGGCACUUUGAGCACUGUCAAGAGAAGGUGUCAUCCGGCCAAGGUCACAAGGGUGAGGAUUGCGUGGAGGAACUCAUGAUGCACUGCGUCGACACAUGUGCAGCACCAAAGCUGUUCGCCAAGUUGAAGUAA